AUGGCACAUGAAUCUCCAAGGAAGCAGAAGGUAGUCAUCGUAGGUGCCGGACCAGUCGGAUCCCUCGCAGCCCUAUAUGCUGCCGCUAGAGGAGAUGAUGUUGAAGUGUAUGAACUACGUGGAGACCUUCGUGAUCCUACUACGGUCCCAUUGAACUUUACCAAGUCUAUCAACCUCGCUCUGGCUGAACGAGGUAUCUCGUCCCUGAAAGGUUCAAAUCGACAUGGCAUGAUCGACAAGGUUCUCAACGAUGCAAUCCCUAUGCAUGGUCGUAUGAUUCACGGGAGAGACGAUGGAAAGCUCUGGGAAGCUGCGCAGGCAUACGACGUCCAUGGUCAAGCCAUCAACUCCGUAGAUAGGGGCACGCUGAAUAAUGCCUUACUUGAUGAGUUGGAGCGGACGCCAAAUGUCACAUUGUUCUUCAAUCACAAAUUAACAGGAGCUGAUUUCCAAUCAAACCGAGCAUGGUUCGAACGUCGAGCCCCAGGGGAUACUCCCCUUCCUGGCUCCUCCAACCGUGUCCCUGAGAUCGAAGUAAGCUUCGAUUACAUGAUCGGUGCAGAUGGUGCUCAUUCCGCCUCGAGGUAUCACAUGAUGAAGUAUUCUCGAGUCGACUACCAACAGGAAUACAUCGACACCCUGUGGUGCGAGUUUCGGAUCCCACCAUCGGAUACUGGUGACUUCCGCAUCUCGCCGAACCACCUGCAUAUCUGGCCCGGAAAGGAAUUUAUGUUCAUCGCUCUUCCGUCGCCUGACAAAUCCUUCACCUGUACUCUAUUUGCUCCAGCCGCCCACUAUGCGCAAUUGGAGAGCUCACCGCAGAAACUGUUUGAAUCCUUCGAUGUUAACUUCCCCGGUGUCUCCCCGGAUCUGAUCACCCCUGAAGCUCUGCAAGAGCAAUUCAAAGAAAACCCUCAUCUCCCCCUGAUUAGCAUCAAAAGCAAGCCUCACCACUAUGGCUCCAAUGUUGUCAUUGUCGGAGAUGCCGCUCACGCCAUCCUCCCAUUCUAUGGGCAAGGUCUCAACGCAGGUCUGGAAGAUAUUCGGGUCCUGUUUGAUUUCCUGGACAAGCACGGCGCCUUUGAUUUGAAUGCAAGUCUCGCGACUCGCCGCGAAUCACGCCGAGCAGCUUUUCAAGCAUACACCGAUCAACGAACGGCAGAUACGCACGCCAUCAAUGACCUCUCCAAGCAAAAUUAUCUGGAGAUGCGCUGGGGAGUGAAGACCCCACUAUACAAAAUUCGUAAGUCAAUCGAGGAAGCCCUCGAUCUCUACGUGCCUAGCCUUGGCUGGAAGACCCAGUAUGCUCGCGUCAGCUUCAGUACACAGCGGUACUCGGACGUCGUCAAGGCGGUCCACAGACAAGGCAGGAUACUCGGCUACGGAUUCGCAUCUGCUGUCAUCUCCAGCAUAGCUGUCGCUGGAAUACUGGUUUGGAAAACACCAAUCCGGCUUUCACCGCUACCUGCACUGCAAUCGACAGUCCGAUUUUUAGGUCAUGUUUGGACGAAGAUUUCGCUUAGAAACGCAUAA